AUGGACUGCUUGGGAAACAUGUGUUAUUUGAGUUAUUUUUUGGGAUACGAGAUGAUUGUGCAUGGUCUAAUUGCAUUGCUAUCUCUUCUUCUCGUGAUAAAAUUAUUCAUUUGGAACAAGUGCUCAGAUGUUGCAGAAAACAAAGAUCUGACUAGAGCUAAUCGACUCGCUCUGAUUGACGCAUUCAUUAUUUUCUCAUUCGACGUAGCACCGGUAGUGAUUAUGUCAAAGUUUGAUACAGUACACUUUGAAGACGUCGGUCCGAUAUUAGCUUUUACAAAAAUGGGUGGAUACGCGUUGGAAGGAUAUCUCGUGAUUCGAGCAUUGAAAUUGAAAAAUGAACCGGACGCAAAUAAUGGAAAGUCACUGUCACUUGUCCAAGUGAAACCGAGCGGCGGGACCACAACUUACUUGGGUUACUUUUUGAUUCGACUUGUUGAUCCAACAAUUGUCAUUAAAAACCUUGCAUUUUACAUAGCUUGGCCUAACUUCAAUUUGGGAACUAUGCGUUGUUGGAUUGUAUUUUUUAUUGGUUUGGAUAGAGUUCUUGCGACGUGUGCACCUAUUUCCUACCAUAAUAACCGAUCGAAAAUCCCUACUCUAGCAUUUUUUCUUUUCAUUUUGAGUUAUACAGUUUUCGAGUAUUAUAUUUUAUUAGUUUUGUGCAGUUUUGAAUUGGAUGUUCCACUUGAUUGUACCAUAUUCAGAUGUGCCGUGGGCACAUGCUAUCACGAUUACUGGAAAUGGUAUCAGCAGGCCACUCGAAUCUCCCUCCUCGACUCCUUCAUUAUAUUUGCUUUCGACUUUUUCCCAGUAUUUCUGACUGCUCAAUGGCCCCAAUAUAACACAACCACAGUUGGACCCUUGGCAUCUGUUCAUCUCGCUUACUAUCUGGUUCGCGUUGUCUCUCCAGACCUUGCCGUCAAAAACUUGGCAUUUUAUAUCGCCUGGCCAAACUACAUAUUCGGAAGUUUCCGAUCAUGGGCUGUUCUUUUCAUAACUACAGAUAGAGUCUUGGCUACUUGCAUUCCAAUAUUCUAUCAUCUCCACAGAUCAAAAGUUCCAUUUCUUGCUAUUCCUAUUUUCAUUCUUGCGUAUGUUCUUUUCGAGCAAUACGUGCUUUUUGAAAUUUGCAAUUUUAUCAUAGAUAUACCAAUUGAAUGCAGCAAUUUCAGUUGCACCGUCAAUAAAUGUUAUCACGAUUACUGGAAGUGGUAUGAACAGGUGAUGCAUGUAUGUGUUGGAACUUUAUCUAUUGUCCUAUGUUUUCGUUUGUUCGUCUGGAACAAUUGCUCUCAUACAACCAGUAAUAAAGUUAUAUCAAGAGCCACUCGCAUCUCCCUCCUCGACUCGUUCAUUAUCUUUGCAUUUGAUCUACUCCCAAUUUUUCUGAUGGCCAAUUUCCCGGAAAUCAACUUCCGAUCUGUCGGACCUCUGAGCGCUCUUUGUAAAAGUCUUGGAUUUGUUAUUGAAUCUAUUAUAACUUGUAGAGUUUUAGUAGGGAAAAACCAGGAAGUAGUACCUGCUUCCAACAGUAGAACGUCUCGCAUUGUUUUGUAA